CCCUCUGCGAAGGUUAGGUGGGAGUGGGUUGAUAGAUUCGUUGCCUUGCAUAGUUCUUUUACAUGUGACGAUCAUGUGCCAAUUUUGUGUGAAAGAACAGCAUCCUCAACGGGGAACAAUCUGCUUGGAGAGCGGAUCAUAUUUAAUGAACUAUGCUGGCUGUAAGGGGUGUGGGAAAAGAGAACCACUUAAAACUUUAGAAAUGUCAACUCAAGAGGAUAAUGAUGGAGAGGAACUUGUUACCUACAAACAUAUUUGUCCUAGCUGUGAACACCUUGUGGCUGAACAUGAAUACACAUUUAGGGUCGAAGGAAAGUACCAGGAAUACAUGAUGACUUGUCUACUUUGCGGCACUGCAGCAGACUCUAUAAGUAUUCUUCCUGAGAGUCCUACUGAAAACACCAGCACCUUUUAGCUUUUGGCUUGGGGACAUUUACUUAAUAUAUGAAGUUCUACAUGACCAGUCAUCCAUGUACAUGCACAGAGAUUUGUGCACAAGAGUUUUGUGCUAUCCCAUUUACAAACUGUGCAAUGUUUUAAAGUUUUAUAACUUUACCUUGUCAUCUUGAAGUCAGAAUACCUUAUGAUGAAUUGGGCUUCAACAAAAUAAUACAUGUUACAUUUAUUUUCAAAAAUGAUAUUCCUAAAGUAUGAUGGUGAAUGACAUGCGUUAAAAAGUAAGUUGACUGAUUUAUUGAUAGCAUCUGUACUCUGCAAUAAUACAAGAAUGUUUCCACUGAAACAACUUCUAGUCUAUGUUUUUUGGACAAUUGUGGACAACUAGUGAACAAAAGUUAAAUAUAGGAGAUUUCUGGAAUGUAUUUUUAUACUAUACAGUGUGCAUGUAUAUCAAAAUUUCUCGCAAGUCCUAUUACCGUACACCUUAUGAUUAACAAGAAAGCAAGAUGUCUUGCUAGAGAGGUUGGAGUUAAGUAAACAUGAUAUACAUGUAAAACACUGUGUCUACUUUUCUGUCCUUAUUAGCUGAUAUAUCAAAAAUGGGAAGAAUUUGAACUUUCAGUUGUAACAAUGGUCUUCUGUUGCUCCACACAAUUUAAUGUAACAAGUGAUGUUACAUGCCUUAUCUUAACCCUUUACACCCUAACAUUGGUAUUCCUACUCUCCAGACUAUU